AUGGCUGCUACUGCUACUUCAGAAACCAGUUUCUUGGCUCUCAUCAAUAAGCGUCUCCGAACUCCUCGGCUCGACCCAGUUGUGCUCGUCCGCAUCGAAGAGGUCGAAAAGCUCCGUAAUCCUCUCUCCGUCGCCGCCGUUGCUGCUCAGAAGGAUCCUUCUCUCUCAUUGCUCCAAACCUCUGAAAGAGACGUCUUGGCUGUCAUGGACAAGCGUCUCCGUGCCCUCCGCAAGAAACACAAACGAAUCACUCAGAUGGAAGAGUCGAUCUCUCAGGGUAAAACCCCAGACAAGGAGCAAAAGGAAGUCCUCCGCUCAAAACCAGUCGUCCUUGUCCUCAUCCAAGAGCUCGAAAAGCUCCAAAAUCUCCGUACUCCUCUCUCCCCCGCGGUCUCAGAAGAAAUCAGCCUCGCUACUCAGCCCAACCUCCAAGACACAGCUUCCUCUGAUACUGAUCCUGUAGCUGUUGCAUAG